AUGCUGCGUCGAAAAUACGGACAGGCUGGACUUAGACAUGGCGACGACCUCAUCGUGACACCAUUCGCUCAGUUGCUCGCUAGCCUUCGAAAUGUCCGAGCAAAUCUCAUUUCCAUCGCCAACAUCCAGUCGAUGGAUGAUGGGCCGUCACGCGAAUCGCACGGCGAAGCGACCACCGCUUCACAACACCCCGUUGCCCGAGAACAGGAACUCGACUGGUGUUUGGAUCAAUUGGAAACGAUUCAAACCCAUCGUUCCGUCUCGGAAAUGGCCUCCAGCAAGUUCCGAAAGAUGCUCAACAAGGAGCUCAGCCAUUUUGCUGAGUCCUCAAAAUCCGGAACUCAGGUGUCUAAAUUUUUAAUUACUACCUAUAUGGACAAAGAUGAUGACGACCCUACGAUCGAGAUCGAAGUGCCUGGAGAGGGACCGUCAACAUCGUCUCCGCAGCUUUCGAUGGGUCUUUUAAAGAAAGCGCAAACGGCGGCUAUGAAUCGAAUUUCUGGUGUACGUAAACUGAGAGCGCCCUCUCAUGAAGGUCAUCUGCCCGAAUAUGGAGUGCCUUGUGCCAAAGAGGUCGCAGUUUACAUGCAACAGCUUAACGAUUGGGGACCGGAUGUCUUCAAGAUCGAUGAGCUGUCCAAGAAUCACGCCCUCACCACUAUCACCUAUGCGCUGUUCCGGGAACGAGGUCUUAUCAAGACGUUCGAGAUCCCGUCGUCUGUGUUCGUCACGUAUCUGCUGAACCUUGAACACCAUUAUCGAUCAAAUCCUUAUCACAAUCACAUUCAUGCCGCCGACGUUGCUCAGUCAAUGCAUGUAUUGCUCACUUCUCCCGUGCUCACCGAAGUUUUCUCUGAUCUCGAGGUAAUGGCGGCGAUAUUCGCCGGUGCCAUCCAUGACGUCGACCAUCCGGGCUUCACCAAUCAGUACCUUAUCAAUUCUAGUGAGUGUUUUUCGAUC